GGUGUUUUUUAAUCUAGCAGAUCUUCUUCAACGUUGUUUAUCUCUAACAUCGAGAGGGACCGUUUCCAAGACCACUCCGUCGAACCGUCACAUUUCUACUUUAAAUAUAAGCGGGGCUCUAUUAGGCCUACUGCAUUCAGAUGGAGACACAAUUCAGAAAGAAAUCGGCUGAUGGCAGUUUCUUUCUCAGUGAUUCCUUGGAGGCACUCGGUGUGAAAACAGAGAACCAGGAGAGCCCACUGUCGCACCCUCUUUCACCUGAUCAGGUUGCGGAGUCAACUAGGACGGCGGAUGUGCAACAAAGCAGUGGCCCAGACAACAGAAGUUGUGUGUUGGACCUUUGUCUCCCUGCUGCCUGGAUAUCUGUUUUACCUCCCCUGGACCAGCAGUGGAUUUCCAGGGCACUCUUCAAGUGGUCACAAACUGGACAGCCAGAGCUGGACUUUGCCAUUUUGGAUAAGAAGUGGUGGUAUCCCCCGCAGCUUUCACCUGCCCCCACUGCUAUUCCAGCAAUGGUGAGGUACUUUGGACAUCCCUUCUUUGUCUGGAUGCCGAUGAAGGUCUGGCAUGUGCAGCUGUUCUGUCCACACACAGAGUGUGGAAAGGAGCUCACCUUUGCAGGACUGCACCAGCAGAUCCGGCGUGUUGUUGGCCUCAGCACCACCUACUUCCUGGAAACGGAGGACCUCCGCUGUAAGGGCUGCAAUAGGACAGUGGCUAGCUGGAGCCACAGCAUUGUGCAUCAGUUGGACGUCUGCCACCAAGUCCAGUUUCCUUGUCUCCUCUCCGCCGAGCUGGGCUGUGACAUGCAGGUGGUGCGGCAGCUGCGACUGAGGGGCCCCGGGAAGAGCAUCGGCCAGUUUCAGACCCAGCUGGAGGAGCAGCACACAGAGGCUUGGUUGCAGAAACAGGUCCAUUUCCUGACCGAUUUCAGGAGACUAAUGCAAGCGGUUGUGUCUGGACUGAAAGCUCCGGUCAUGCUUGGGGAUUUGCCCACUAUGCUCCCAGUUCCAAAGAAUCGCUGGCUGAUGCAGGCGUAUUCCCAGGACGUGCUUAGCCGGCUGAAGGAGACAAAAGCGUCCAUCACCUCCCAGUUUGAACGAAUGUUAAAAAUGGACUCGACCAAAAGAAUCGUCAAGACGCUGGCAGGGGAGAGCGAUGCAACAUCAUCCUGGGUCACCAGCAUCAUCAAUGAGCACGGUCAGGUGAUCAUUUCCGUGCUUACGGCCAGCAAGGGCAGAGACCUGGGAAAGAUGAUCGGUGAUCGAUGGCGUCGUUAG